UGGACUCGACUGGAGAGAUGCGUUUGUGCGUUCGCGGGAUCCUCUGGUUGACAUCUCUUACAACAGUGUUGUCUAGUUUGCAUCCUGAGUGUGAGUAUAUCUUUCAGUUGGCAAGAGAUGAACAGCGGUGUCUCAGAGAGAUCACAGAUCUCGGGAACCUCAGCAACUCUUCAGGUUGUCUGCCAGUAUGGGAUGCUGUAGUUUGUUGGCCCAGAGCUGCAGUAGGCGAGACGAUCCACUUGCCCUGUCCUGCUGUUUUCUCUCUCUUCAACAACAACACGGGUAUAGUGAGUCGUAAUUGCACGGCUGGCGGCUGGUCACAUCCGUUCCCUCCUUACCAUGAGGCCUGCACUGCUGAGGAUGAAGUCCCAGAGGAAUCAUAUUUUGCCACUGUGAAACUGAUCUACACCGUUGGUUACGGAGUGUCACUGCUGUCGCUCUCUGUUGCCGUAAUAAUACUGCUGCUCCUUAGGCGAUUACACUGUGCUCGAAACUACAUCCACAUGCAGCUGUUUUUCACCUUCAUCCUGAAAUCGGUGGCUGUGUUUAUCAAAGAUGCUACACUGUUCUCCAGUGACGACACAGAUCACUGCACGCUCUCUACGGCGGCAUGUAAGGCGUCGGUGGUGUUUUGUCAUUAUUGCGUCAUGACUAAUUUCUUCUGGUUGCUGGUUGAAGCCAUGUAUCUAAACUCUCUGCUGGUCUCGGCCUUCCCGCGGAGCCGGCGCUGUCUGUGGAGUUUCGCUCUGCUGGGCUGGGGUUUUCCGCUGGUCUGCAUCAUCCUCUGGAUCUGCUCCAGACUGUAUUUUGAGGAUACAGAGUGUUGGGACAUAAAUGAAGAUUCUCCUUAUUGGUGGAUAAUCAAAGGCCCCAUUGUAGUUUCCAUAGGGGUGAACUUCCUUCUCUUCAUGAACAUUAUCAGGAUUCUGGUGCAGAAACUGAACCCUCGCUUGAUCCAGUUCAACAAUUCAGCUCAGUACAGGCGACUGACCAAAUCCACCCUCCUCCUCAUCCCUCUCUUCGGCACUCAUUACAUGGUCUUCAGCUUCCUCCCAGACUACUUCAACGUGAGCCUGCGGCUUUGCAUCGAGCUCUGUCUGGGCUCCUUCCAGGGCCUCAUUGUUGCAGUUCUUUACUGUUUCCUAAACCAGGAGGUUCAGAAUGAAAUACGCUUACGAUGGAUGCGAUAUCAAGAGGGGAGUUAUGUUGUCGUCCCUGUUGGAGCCAAAGGAAGUCAGAUGGACACACCAUUCUAGAGUCAUUAAAACUCACCAGUGCCUCCAUACAGACCUCAACACCUCCAGAAAACAUGAACAUCUCAAUGAAACAGUUUUAUUAAAUGCAGAUUCUAUUGCUCAGUUUAUAUGACAAUAAAUGACUUAAAGAGACAUAAUAUAUUUGAGUUGCAGUAUAUCAGUGAAUUAUACACAUUUAAAAAAAAUGUGAAUACUGGAAUUUAUCAAAGCAAAACUGGUGCUUUUGGGGGGAUUCUGGGUGGGCACACUCUUAAAAAUAAAGGUGCUUUAAAAGAUUCUUCACAGCGAUGCCAAAGAAGAACCAUUUUUGGUUCCACAAAGAACAAUUGAGUCAAAGGUUCUUUAAAGAACCAUCACUCUUUUACCUUUUUAUAACCUGAAGAACCUUCUAUCGCCACAAAGAACCUUUUACGAAACAGAAAGGUUCUAAAGAUGUUAAAGGUUCUUUAUGGAACCAUUUAGACAAAAAAGGUUUUUCUAUUGCAUCGUGAAGCACCUUUAUUUAGAGUGUUCAUUAUAUAGAAAAGCCUAUGAAAAUAUACUUCUAUUGCCCUUUAAAUGCAGAUAUUUAAUUAUAUUAUUUGUUUACUACUUUGGAGAAAUGUUAAACUGUAAAAAUCUCUCCAAUAAAAGAGGUUUGAAUACAUUUAUCGGUUUGUAUGAACGUGUUACAGUAUUUAACAUUUGUAUAUACAAAUAUAAAGAUUAAUUCUGUGUGAGAUACAGGUAACCGGGGAAAGUUGUUACAUAUUUUUAAUGUUGUAAUUUUGUUGAAUUUUUAAAAACUGUGGUUUGAUAUUUCCUUCUCUUUUUUUUAUUGCAUUUGUUGUUUUGUGGUUCAUAACUGUAAUACUGUGUACGUUUUGCUGAAACGCCUGUAAAUAGGCUGUUAAAUGUCAAGUUCCCAUAUUGUGAAAAAAUGCCCUGCAAUUUGUUGAUCAUAUAUUCCUGUAUCUUUUCCCCCCUGCAGUAACAGUACAAAUGUUCAAAAGCAUCGUUGUAGCAAAUACUUAGUGUUUAUAAAUACAUUGACUUUAAAAUUGAACCCGCUCUCAAAAAUAAUAAUUUGAGCUAAAGGUCUGGCAACUAGUGCUGGUUUCUUCUUUCUGCUGGUUGAUUCUUUCUUGACAACUUACUUAAGUGCCAGUUCCGGGGCCAUUUGCUUUGUUAUUUUAGCUAUAAAAACAUUACUUUCUGCAGUUCGAUAUUUCAAACUGGUAUUUGUCAUACUAGGCCUAUUAUUUUAAUUCAUUAUCAUAAACACGCUAAUUUGUUGUGCAAAGUCUUUACGUUUACUUUUUCUUAUUCUUUCUUAUUUACCUAUAGUGACUAAUUUCAGAUUUUCAAAGAAAAUAGCGUAUUUUUGUGUUUCAAAAUAGAGCAGAGAUUGAAAUACCAAAUGUGUUUAACAGUGUUGUGUUUCUUUAUAUGUAGCCUUCUCUUCUAAUUCUCACCAAAUGUGCAUUUAUACUCCGUUGCCUUUAAACUGCUAGUAAAAUCAUUGUAAUUUUUUUUUUUUUAAAUAUGAAUAUUGUAUUAUACUGUAUAUUUUCUAGCUGUAAUAUGUUAUUUAAUUGUUUGUUUAUCUUUCUGUUUUCACAUGCUCUUUGAGUGGCCUUAAGUGUUUUAAUGCAUCACAUCAUCAGAGUGCAUUACAGAGAUGGAAAUAUUACCCAAUUUUAUGAUGCUUUUUCUGUGUAAUGGGUUUUGCCCAUUUUUUUCCUUUAAUUGUGCAAUUAAGCUGAUGUCGUCACUCAUGUGUUUGUGUAUGUGCUUAAGCAAGAGUUGAUUUUUCUGCUUUAAUGUCUACAAAAUAAUUACUUUUUAUUAAAGCAAGAAAAAUGUAUUUAAAUUACCAAAUGCCAU